AUGCCCGUACCUGCCAGUUGCACAGCUGCUAAGGCGCCUUAUAGCACCAAUUCGCAACCUUCUGGGAGUCCCAAGUCCGUGCAUUUCGCAAGCAACAGAGAGCUGGAGACGUGUAGACCGCAGCUGGCGUCGCACUAUCUGACGCCCCCCAUUGGCACGCCCUGUGCCAAAAAAUGGGUCUACUACACGGCGCUACACAAUUGA